ACUAUAAGAUACCUAAUGCCUUAUAGAUGUAAAAUGAGUGACAUGCAUGAUUGUUUAUUCGUUCAUGCACUCAUAUAUAGAUAUUGUUUGUUUGGUUUUUCAAUUAGGGUACUGUUUUUAUUUGUUCAUGCACUCAUAGAUGAUAGAUGGUCUGACGAUCGAUCUCUUCGUUUCUGACUUUUACAUACGUACGUGACAUGAUUUUACUGAUUUAGAGGCACUUGUUUGUUUCUACACAUGACAACAUCAUAUAUAAUUCCCUAGAAUUAUGCUAAAAUACGCGUCUGUCUCUGCAGCCUGUACGACGAACUAGCUAGCGACAUUAAGAAGUUUUGUAAUAACUCUAUAGGACGACCACUGUCUGCUGUGAUUUUCCAUAAUUUCACCACGCAGCUGCAGGCAGAGAUAGCCAGUCGCUAGCUAGCUAGCAGAAGAAAGCGCUUCCCAGGGGAAGAGGAGAGCAAUCGGACUGGCCCUAUGCAGUCUCAUAAUAACGAAAUGGAGAAAAAGAAAAGAGAUCGAGGGCGCAAAUGUUAUAGUUGGGCCGUUGGGGCAUGGCAUUUACGCCAUCCACACGGUUUUGGCGGAUGAGAAGACAGACUACACAAUGAGAGCUCGAUCCCGUGCAUUUAAAUGCAGCAGCACUCCAACCAAGUCAACUUGGCCUCUUUUUCCUCCUCAUAGUUCCCGCCCAGCAGCCCCAUCCAAUUAUUAUCAUCGUCAUACUGCGCCGCGCGCUUCAACUGCUGCUUUCUAUAUAAACCCUACUUCCGUUCCUCCUCUUCUCACAAAUCUACACAUCUUUCUUAAAUCUUAACCAUCAUUCCUUUCUUUCUUUGCUCUACUCUGCCAACUGAUGACACAUUCCAAGCUUCUCCUCGCUUUGUUGCUCGGCGCCUUCUUGGUUUCCGCCAAUGGCGCCAGGAACCUGCACCAAACUGCUACAGCUGGCUCCUUUGACGACGGGAAGAACCUGUUCCGCCGCCCUGGACGUGGAGGCGGGGGCGGCCUUGGUGGCGGCGGCGGCGGGGGGCUCGGAGGUGGUGGCGGGCUAGGCGGGGGAGCUGGAGGCGGACUUGGCGGCGGUGCUGGAGGUGGAGGCGGACUUGGCGGCGGCGGCGGCGGAGGCUUAGGAGGCGGAGCUGGCGGUGGUUCUGGUGCCGGCUUCGGCGGUGGUGCUGGCGCGGGAGGCGGGCUUGGAGGCGGUGCUGGAGGUGGCGGAGGGUUUGGUGGUGGAGGUGGCGGUGGUGCUGGGGGAGGAGUAGGUGGUGGGUCGGGGUUCGGAGGAGGAGCAGGGUUUGGUGGUGGUGCUGGCGGCGGUGCCGGUGGUGGACUUGGUGGCGGCGGUGGAGGAGGAUUCGGAGGUGGUGGCGGCGGCGGGCUUGGUGGCGGGUCAGGUGCUGGGUUCGGCGGUGGGGCUGGUGCCGGUGGUGGUAUUGGAGGUGGGUUGCCCUGAAGAUGCUUGCAGAAUUAUAGCUCCAUAUUGUUGGAUCAUGAGUGUUGGAUCAUCAUCAUGAUAAGUGUUGUCUCUUAUCUAUAAAUGUUAUGUUUGGUACGUACUAGAAACAUGUUACCAAAUAUAUAUGAUCAAUUAAUGUUUGUUGUAAUUUAAGAAGAAGAAAAAAUGCUACUUACCGUUGUACGUACGUUCUAUAUAUUUACUCUAGCUAUUUGUGUUCAUCGUUAUGUUUGUUCAGUGCUACGUAUAACGUUGUAUACCAUCGUAGCCAUUAUAUUCAAAGAAAGUAAACCUAGUGGCGUUGUGGGUUUCUUAAUUAAUAUGUUUUUUUUAGCAAGUAAUGUCAAGGUACAAUAGUUAAAUCCUCUAUUCAAGACCCCAAAAAGAUAAUUAGUGAAGUCACCCUACAAAAUCGAAGGACGCUAUCUCUACAUGGAACAGCAGCAGGACUUGUCUUGCCACUUUAUGGGACAGCAGCUAGGGUUUCUUAAUUAAUACUAGUGUGGGCCCCGGCCAGUUGGCCGGAGGAAGGUAGGAUGGCAAUGGGUCGGGUUGGGUCGGGUUUUGCUAAAUUCAAAUCCAAAUUCAUGGGUUUAUCCGUGAAAAAAAUUCGGGGUAAAAUUCACUGGGUUUGAAAACCUCAAACCCAACUCAACCCCUUGGGUAUCCGCGGGUUCAUGGGUACCCACAGGUUUUUGUCUUAAAAAAUUUACAAUAACAAGUUCCUAUCAAAAUUAAAGUCAAAUAUCAAUCUCUCAAUACAAAUUAUCCAUAUAUAAAAUACCAUUCUAGAAAAUUCAAGCAAAUAACAAAUUAUCCAUAAAUAACAUGAUUAAUUGAAAGCUUCUUCUUUUCAAUUAAGUUUCUUCACUCUCCACUCGAUAACAUCAACUUCAUUCUACACAAUUAGAAAGAAAAAAUUAGACAUGUCUCCACAAACAUAAAUAAGAUAAGUUGUUUAGAAUAUUAAAUAUAUCGAGAAAAUUAAUUAUAUGGGUGUGGGCGGGUACCCAUGGGUCGGGUUUACCUAAACCCAAACCCAACCCAACCCGAUGAAUAUUGAACGGGUUUAAACCCAAACCCGGCCCAAAACCCGUCAACACGGAUUUUACCCGCGUUGACCGGGUUGGGUCGGGUGGGUACCCGUGGGUUCGGGUUUUGUUGUCAUCCCUAUAGGAAGGUGAGGUAUGAAAUUUGAUAAUAUAAUGGGGUGUAUAACUUAUUGUUGUAAAGUUUUUUUGGGAAACACGUGAUAAAAAUAGUGAAUUUUAGCAGGAAAGAGACAUUAAUGAUGCAACAAAUCAAAAAUCGGCCUUAUGAACCAACAUCAAGUACCUGUUACCUUGUGAAACAAUAUUGUUUCUGGUAAUAUGAUGAGGUGGAGUAAGUUUUAUAGAAACUGAAUUCCAGAAAAUCGUAUAAAAAAUCGCCUAUCCCGUCGGUUUUCGGAAAAUGAGCAUCUCACAAUCGUUGCUAGCUUUUACUCGGCCCGUUGGCCGAUUAAUUUGGUUUAUAAAACUUUCAUCUUGUCGUCAUUGUGCUUUCUGGUUUUUUUCAGGCCAUGAUAAAAUCUAAGGAAAUCAAGAACGAACAACACGAUUUGAGAUAGGAACCGUCGUUGUCGUAUCCCUAGAAAAUGGUGGUAAACACGGACUUACCUGCCAAACUGGUUUGGAUUGAGAUUUUUAUCGGGUAUCAGGGAACCAUGUGAUUAUAAAUUAGACUCGAUCAAAAGGGGCCAAAACUUGAAAUGCAGCCUGUUUGACCUACCCAUGCCAAAUUCUAAUUAUUCUUUACUUUUAAACUUUUUAUUUGAAAAUAAAAAAUAGUGAAAUAAAAGAGAUGACUGCCAUUUGCACAUCACUUAUUCGGGAAUAAAAUCAUAGAAAUUCA